CGUGGGAUCAAUAGGUUUCCUGUUUGGGUGUAGCCACACCGCUCACUUGGCAGCUUGACUUUGUGUUGGCCUCAUCUCACGAAGGUGUUCGGCACAUCCGAGUCGUCAGGUCAGCAGCCUUCUACCUAAAACUGUCUGGUGCAAAGAACCGAGCUGAGCGGCUGUAGCCAUAAUAACACCGUAUUACAGGCGCUCCGCUGCUUCCAUACCUGAAAGCUAGCUAACGACAGCGUUAGCACUGCCGCUCCAGGGAUGGCGGAGGUUCCCGGGACAUCAAGUGAGACGAUAACGGAGACUGUUGAAACUAGCACACCGCCUCCGCCCCAGCAGGAGGGAAGAAGCCUGACAAUCAAGCUGAGGAAGAGGAAGACUGAGAAGAAGGUGGAGUGGUCCAGUGACACUGUUGACAAUGAGCACCUUGGAAGAAGGUCUUCAAAGUGCUGCUGUAUCUACGAGAAGCCCCGACAGUUUGGAGAGUCCUCUUCUGAAAGCGAGGGAGAUGAUGAUGAAGAAGGGUGUGGCAGCGCUCACUGUAUCCUGGGCCAUGGAAGGAGAGGCAAUGGACAGAGAGGGGCUGGGGGGACCACAGUGCCCCCAAACACUGGAGGGUCUCAUACCCACUAAUGAGCUUUGUAGGCUGAUUGUGGGAUUUGGAGUGUUUUCUCACCACAGCAUUGCCGUAUUAUAAAACUGCACUCCUUUUUUGAGUUACAUCACUGAGGUACAGGCAGGUCUGAUGCUGCGUUCUAGUCAUGAGUCAGAAUCUGUCCUGCUGCUUUGAGAAACACAGAGCAACACAUAUCUGGCAGAUAAAAGUCCAAUUUACACAAAUCAACAUAUGUUUUUAACAAAUAAAAGCAUGCGCAGUAUUGUGCCAAUUAACAUGAAUGAAUGAUAUAUACAAUCUUAAAUUCCUCUUAUCUAAAACUUUUAACACAAAGGACACAUGCUGUGAUGAUAAUAGGAUCUAAAGGACUGUCCCAGUGUUUUUGCUUUUGCUACACACCACACACAAUGCGUCUUCAAUUUGAGCUGAGCAUUUUCAAAAGCAUGAUAUAAUGCUGAUCAAAUGAUGCCAUGUACUUCUCUGUAGAUAAAGCUUAUUUAAUCACUAAUAGGUUAUGAAAUAUUAAUAUCAAAGUGUAUGAUGAAAGAGUGCAGCAUGCCAAGGAAAAUGUUCUGCAGCGCAGCAGCAUGGUUUAACACUGAUUUGUGAUAAAUGAGCUAAAACGAAUAAAAACAUUAGUCACGCUCUUCUGUGGUUUAUGGUGUACAGUGAUGUCACCACGUCAAACAAACAUGGAUUAAUGGUUUAAUUAAGCAUGUACAUUACCUACCUGUGGGUCAUUUUCAAGAAUGCAAGCUGCAGGUGUCAGACAGUAUCAUUUUCACACUGUAGUAAACACAACAGUGUAGAGUGCUUUGGAAAAUGUUCAUCAACUGUGAUUUGUCACGAAGGAGCUUAAACAAACGUCAAUGUCUUAAAAACAUUUGCUUUAUGCUCAAUCAAUCACGUUGCACUUUCUCCAGCAGCAGAUUGGACGUUAUGACUCUGAGGUGUCUCUGGAACGCAGCACACAGUUUGGAGAGCAGGAGAGGGACAGAUAGUCUACCUGUGUAUUUAGCUCAUGACAAAGUGGCAGAGUUAAUUGUAAAUAAUUCUGGACAUCACUUUUUAUUUU